AUGCAUUGGUUCUUCAUAAAGCAAAGAGAAGUAAUCGGAGAAGUCGAGGACCUUGCAUUUGUCACCGAUCGGGGACAGUCUAUAAUAAAUGGUAUUGCUGAAGUUUUUUCCAAUGCACAUCAUGGGUAUUGCGUGUACCAUAUACAAGGCAAAUUGAAGACCAAGUAUCGAGGCAAAGACAUCAUUUCAUUGUUUAGGAGAGCGGCCGAAACUUAUAGUAUUGAAGAGUGUAAUAGGUACAUGGUUGAAAUAGGAAGCAAAUCAUUCCCAGCAUGGGACUAUCUAACGAAAAUGGAGAUUGAACAUUGGACACGCUCAUAUUUUUCAGGACGUCGAUACAACAUGAUAACGUUAAACAACGCGGAGUCUCUCAAUGCAUUAUUUAAGAGGGAUCGAAAGUUACACAUUCUCGCACUGAUUGAGAAUAUCCAUACGAAGUUGCAGCAGUGGUUUCAUGAUCGACGUGCGGAAUCACAUAAUUGCACAACUGUGCUAGCCCCAGCACAAGAGGUAAAGCUCUUUAAGGCUGUAGAGGCUGCGAGAAAGUUAAAUGUAGAACCACUAGACGAGUCGCGCUUCUCUGUGAAAUGUGCACGUCAUACGGCAUAUAUGGUAGAUUUAAGUGAUGGAACAUGCACUUGUAAACAAUUUCAGUUAGAGAGUUUUCCAUGUGAGCAUGCAGUUGCAGUGGCUAUGUAUCGAGAAUUUGCAGUGAGAACAUUGUGCUCUCCUUAUUACACUGCUGAAAAUUGGAGAGCUGCGUAUGUUGAAACCAUAUUUUCGCUUCCAAACGAAGCCAAGUGGGAAGUUUCCGAUCAUAUUCGCCCGUUCAAUACAUUGUCGCCACAUCUCAUUGAACCACGUGGUCCUGGACGUCCAAGUACUUCUAUAAUACCAUCUACUGGAGAGUUUUCCCGACCGCAUAGGUGUAGCAGGUGUAAAUCAGUAGGACAUACUCGCCAAUUUUGUACAAGUCGAUUUUCCUAA